CACCGUAGCUCUCUCUGUUUCGAAAAACCCGAUGCCAGGCUUAACCGCAUCAGGUGCUCAGUGCGUCGGCCCGGAAUUCCCCAUCUGCGUUCGUUAUUAUGCCAAAUGCUAUGAAGAACCGUCAUCGAUUCGCUCUGCCCGCAAAAUAUCAGCGACUCCUCCAAUCAAUUUCGAUUGCUGCGGCUGCUCUAAUCAAUUUAACCUGCGCCAGAGCUAUAAAAGGUGGCUUUGCCCAGUCGUUGCUUCUGGUUUCAGCUCAUUUCAGUAUUUGACAGGUGUGACGUUGACAUGAUGGGAUUCAAACUGCGCUUGGUCGGAUUGGUUCUUUUAUUUGCGGGUACACUGAAAGCGCAGGAAACCACGGCAGCAGCCACCACUGCAACCGUUGCUGGGGCAACUGGAACUGAAAAAGUAUCUUCAGGAACAGAAGUAACCACAGCCGCGGGAGGUGUGACUGGAGCUGAAAAUGGAGUAACUAACAGGACAACAGUUUCACCAAGUGGCGGAACUGAGAAUAUCACCUCAACAGAUCACCUCCACGAAGACCCACAUGCGGCCCAAACUCAUCAUGACAAUGGUGGUGACCCAUAUGUCAGUCCUGGAAAACACAGACCGGGACCACGUCACGUGAGAGCGCAUGAUGGCUUCCACAAUCUUAAAAAAGAGAAACACUGGGCAACUUGGAAUGAUGCGUUCACCACCCCCGCUCUUAAAAAGAUUACUCCUGAAGUGACUAUACAUCCUUAAGUUAGAAUUACCCUCAGGUGCUAUAUCUUUACAAAAAGACUAGACUACCAUGUACUAUAGAUUCCGAAAUUCAAGAAAAA